AGGUACAGUAAGCCGUAAUACGUUUUGACCGAUUUUCCCGUGGAACCUGGAGAGCUUAGUGCUUCUCUGGGUUCUCUCUGGUGCAGCAGUUGCAGUGCAGAAAUGGCGAGCUCAGGAGCGUCGUCGCCAGGAUCGAGCCCAGUGGAGCUGAGACACUGCAUCGCCGAGCUCUUGAGGUUCACCCUCCAGUCUCGCGUCGACGGGACCCUGAACCUCGCUUUCGAUCUCGGCCUCUCCGUGGAGUUCUGCUCCGCUCUUCUCAGAGACGACCCACCGCACGAUCACCACCCUUCGUCGUCGCCGUCUCCUUCCUCAGAAAGCUGUCAAGGUGUGCCUGCAUAUCCUUUAUACAAGCGUCUAGCUUCAGCUUUGGAGGAAGCUAUAUCAUCUGGAGUGUCAUUUCCGAGGCACGAGUCACCAGCAUGGUUUAAUCAAGAGGAUGACAUACACGAUAAGGAAGUGCUAGACCAAUUGAUUUCAUGCAAGGGAGCUGAAUUGCUGAAUAUUUUGAAGAGCAUAAAAUUUGAACUUCAUGCGCAGGAGCCUUAUUUUACUCAACUUAGAGAUGGGCUGAAAACAAUUGAAGGAAGGUGUGCUCAUGGAAAUUAUAAACGCUAUAUCUUCAGCAUUGUGUCAGCGGACUUGAUUCUGUUCAACAAAUGUUUGGUUCUUGAGGUUCAGGAUGUUCAUUGGUAUGCUUCCUUUUUUGAGAUGUUGGGUGCAGAAAGUCUGAGUAAAGUUCUUCCUGGUGUUAAUUCGGUCGAUGAAGGUGUUCAAGUUUAUAGGAAGUUUUACACUGAAGAGAAAGAAAAGUCUAAUGGUGUUCUUGCAAUUGGUGUCUCCAGAUUGGUUGAUCAGCCCUACAUCUCUUUGGCUAGAAUAAUUUCUGGAUUGACUUCUAAGGGUGUUCAAAAACUUCUAGGUCUCGUUCAUAUUGCGGGGACAGUUCCUGAGUCACUUCCUCCACCUAGAUCUGCUCUGCUGUCCGCAUUUCAGCUGCCUUACAAUCCAAAUGUUAAAGGUAGCACCUUAACUGAUGGAGCCAGGGCUUUGGCAAAGCAUGUCAAUAGGAGUAGUGACAAGUAUUGGGGGAAUUUCAUAGGGAGCGAUUUAUGUAAAAAUAAUCUAGCAAAGGAUGUAAUCAGCCGCUUAGUUGCAACCUGUCAAUGGCAGAAUUUGCAUGCUGUUCCACCACAUGGAGUUGUGUUUGAGAUAAGGGAUGUUAGCGGUUAUGGUGCACGGUGGUCAGAGGAUGGCGCUAAGUUCAUUGGAUUUCUAGAGCCAUAUGUGAAGGAUGGUCACAUGAAAGGAUGGAAGCACUGAGUUGAUCUGUGGAGAUCUCACUGGCCAGAUCCUUAACUUAGUGUUUGUAUGCUAUUAGGUAGUUCUGAGUGGCAUUAUCUGUACAUCAUUUUGUUUCCUCGCAGAAGGAGCUCAAAAGUCUUAUCAGAUCAUUCACAUUAUUGUUAACAAAAAUUUUAAUUUUUCAAGGCAGUGACUUUUCCAGUAAUGUGUGUGAUUCCUUGCUUGACAGUUGGUGUUGACCUUUGUGGUUAUGAGCAUACUAAGUCAUACUUGGGUGGUUCAACACAUUAGUUGCAGCGUUUUCAUGUGGGGGCAGUGGCAUAUCUUAGAAGCAGUUAGCUUGUUUGAAAAUAGAAAUGGAGUGACUCAAUAGAAGGGAAGGCGACAAGUAAAAUGUGGGAUUGCCAAAACAUCAUCGAGUUUAGCCAACAUGUUUUCGGACGCACUGGUUUCUCAUAACCAGCUAGAUCUAUUUGGGGACGAACUUAACUGAUUUAUGUUGUCACAUCCGUGUCGAAUGUAUAUAGUAUGUCAUCACUGGCGAGAAAUGUUGUUGUCACUGAUGGUUGUUGCACUUUCAAAUUCGAUGAUUAGUCUUGGUUCUUUGAAAAAACAGAAAGAGGCAUUGUGCAAGGAAAUAAGUCAUUU